AGGGAGUACAUGGGGAGGAUGUUGUCGUGGGCGAGACCGGUGUGGAUUGGGCACUGGCCGCCGUAUGCGGAUUAUGUCGGGAUGGGGUAUGAUCCCAAUCGGUGGGAGGAGUUUGAGCUGGAUGAGCGGUUCUACAACGCUACGCAUGAGAAGUUGGAAGCACACGUUGCUGCUUCGCCGAAGGUAUACAACCCUUUCCCGCCUUACAACUCACCGGCCUGGAACAGAGAAUGGGAAGGCGAAUAUGUGCCGUGUCAAGGACCGCGAGAACUGCUACUGGACAAUGCAGAAGAUCAAGUCUACGUAUACAAAGGCGUGCCCGAAAGCUUUCCCAAAGUGUUCGCCGGUAGCUACGAUGUCCUUGGCCUUGACGGCGAUGUCUGCUUUGAUCGGUAUUCCCGCUACGGGGCGUAUGGGUUGGGGAAUGGGACUGAAGAUGGCAGUGUGGUGGGUUGGAAGGCUCCGAAGAGGCAUGUUCAGUGGAAAGAUGUGAAAUGGGGACGGUUGCAGGAUGAGUGUUUGGAACGGAAUAAGAUGCGGUUCGCGCCUGAGGCGAGAGUGCCGAUGGUGAAAAAGCCGACUACUGCAUUUUCGGCUAUUGAAUCUGUGCAAUACUACGCGGAGAAAGGGGCGUCGGAGGGCCCUGUUGUUAUCGAUGCGCAUGAUUCGCGAGUGGAUUUGCUUGGGAGAGAAGAGAAGACAACUCUUAAAAGAAAGUACCAUCAUCGCACGGCGGUGUUGAUCCGCGCUUGGACUGGAUACAGGUACGAGGAGAACGACAUCAUGGCUAUUCGGGCCAUGGUUUCCGAGCUUGCCCUCCAAUCUGGCGGAGAGUAUGCCGUGUACCUGUACGUCCACGUCAAGAAUGCCAACCAGGAUAUCUUCAACGAUGCGGACCUGUACAAGCGGGUAGUGGAAGACAACGUCCCCGAGGAACUACGGGACAUCGCCAUUCUCUGGUCCGAAGCCAUCUUCCCAGAAUGGUAUCCGAAUGUAGGAGAUUACCAGGUCUACUGGCAGCAGUUCAUGUGCCUUCAGUGGUUCAGCCUUACGCACCCGGAGUUCGAUUACAUCUGGAAUUGGGAAACGGAUGCGAGAUAUAUCGGCCAUCACUACCAUUUCCUGGAGAAGGUGAGCGAGUUUGCGGAGAGGCAGCCGCGGAAACUAAUCUGGGAGAGAAACAAACGAUUCUACAUUCCAUCGAUUCAUGGGACGUAUAAGGAGUUUGUCGAGAGGACACACGCCGAUGUCCUGAAUGCGUCGGCGAAUAGCUUGAUUCCCCCUCCUGUCUGGGGUCCACGGCCGUGGAAGGCGGCGAUUCCGCCCCAGCGACCCUCGGGGCCUACACCACCGACGUCUUUUGAAGAAGAUAACUUCGAGUGGGGCGUUGGCGAGCCGGCCGACCUGAUCACCCUCCUGCCCAUCUGGGACCCUAGAAAUACGUCGUGGUCUUUCAAAGAUAAGAUCUGGAACUACAUACCGGGCGUGCGGCCGCUGUUUACCGAGCAGGACUGGGCGGCCGACUGGUUCACGCAUCCGGACUUUGCGCACCUGGACCGCCGCGUCUUCAUCAACACGGUGGUGCGGUUCUCGAGGCGCAUGCUCCAGGCCAUGCACGACGAGAACCGCGCGGGGCGAUCGAUGCAGGCGGAAAUGUGGCCCGCGACGGUGGCGCUGCAGCAUGGGCUCAAGGCCGUGUACGCGCCGCACCCGAUCUUCAACGACAGGGAGUGGCCGAGUACGUAUGCGGAGGCGAUAUUCGACGCUGCGAGUACGGUCGAUGGUGAGACGGGGGCGCCAGUGAUGCAAGUGCAGGGGGCGUGGACGGAGCAGCAGGAUAGUCCGUAUAAUCACGAUCGGGAGUACAAUUUCCAGGGGUGGAGUUGGUACUUUGCGUCGAGGUUUCCGCGGAUGCUGUAUAGGAGGUGGUUGGGGUGGGAAGUCGAGGUUUCGAGGUGGGGGGUGGAGACGGUGGUUGAGGGGGGUGAGGAAGGUGAAGGAGAGGGGGAAAGGGGGAGGAUGUGUGUUCCUGGGAUGAUGUUGCAUCCGGUUAAGGGGAUGGCGAGGGAGAGGGUGAGA